UAGUGAAUGAAUGGUGCAGGUGCACAUGUGUAUACAUGUACAUGUAAAUUGUAGAAGAUUGUUUUCCCCCCAUAGACUGUACGUGAUCACCAAGUGUUGUAAUCCUGAAUGAAGUGGGGGUUGCAUAUAAGACUCCGACAUUCGAAGAGGCCCAGUAGUCUCUAGUCAUCGAUACGACAGCGUUACUACGACUGGAUCAUUGUGCAUAGUGACGUCACACUUUUUCUCUCUUUCUCAAUCGCCAUCUUUCGUCAGGAUGAAGACGGUCUUUCUUCUCCUGAUUUGCCUCGGAGCUGCCACUGCCCUGACUAGGAAGCAAGAAGCCGCCGAGCAAAGUCGUCGGAAGGCCGCUUCGGCCACGACGCCAAAGAAACCAGAGGAAGAAGAAUACGAAGAUGACGAUGAGCUCCUGGACCAAUGUCCGGAGCCCAACGGAUACUUUCCGGACGCGGAACAAUGCGAUAAAUAUUACGACUGUCAAGACAACAAGAUAACGGAAAAAUUGUGCCCUGACGGUCUCGUCUUCAAUGACUUCAGCCCUCAGCACGAGAAGUGCGAUUUGCCGUUCGGCAUCGAUUGCUCGAAGAGACCCAAGCUACAAAAACCGCAACCAUCGUCCCACUGUCCCCGCAUGCACGGUUACUUCGCUCAUGAGGACCCUAGGAACUGUAAUACCUUCUACUAUUGCGUAGAAGGUAAGUUUAACAUGAUCACUUGUCCGGAGGGUCUGGUCUUUUCCGAGAAGACUGGUAUCUGCAACUGGCCGGACGAGGCCCAGAAGAAGGGCUGCGGUUCCCGCGAGCUCUUCAACUUCACCUGCCCGGUAGUCGACCAAUCCGUGGCCGCGACGCACCCGCGUUAUCCCGACACCGAGGACUGUCAGUAUUUCUACGUGUGCGUUAACGGUGAAAUACCGAGGCGAAGCGGAUGUAAACUCGGCCAGGCGUUCGACGAACGCACUGGAAAGUGCGACUGGGCCAGAAAAAUACCUGAAUGCAAAGACUGGUAUAAGGGGCAAUUGACCGACGAAGAAUUGGACGCUUUGGAAAAUCCACCGCCCAAGCCUAAGCCCACAGGUGGACCAAGCAGAAGAAAAGGCAGUAGACCAACUGUAUAGAAUCAAGAUUUUAGAUUAAGCAUAUAGGUUUAUAAGUUCUUUAUUUCUAAAACCGCCGUAUUGUAUAAUAAACUUAUCUUUACUACAAA